UUAUUUGGUAUAUUUUUUUUUUUAAGAAUCUAAUCAAUUAUAACUUUUUCAUUUAAAUUUAUUCAGUCAAACAGUAAAAAAUGGUAGAAGUUGAUCCAGCUUAUCUUCCCCUUGGAAAAGAAUUAGCUGCUAAUGAAAAGAAAACUCGUGACAAAGCUGUUCGUUCACUUCGAAAGUUUUUAGCUUCUGGUGGCAACUUGAGUGAAAUUGAACUUAUAAAAUUAUGGAAGGGUCUCUUUUAUUGCUUUUGGAUGUCAGAUAAGCCUUUAAUUCAACAAGCUUUAGCUAAUGAUCUUGGAUCACUUGUUAUGGAAUUACCUGCGUCUAAUGCUAUUCCUUUCUUGAAGGUAUUUUGGCAAAUCCACUGUCAAGAAUGGCAUGGAUUAGAUAGAAUUAGACUUGAUAAAUAUUAUUUACUUUUCCGUCGAGUUAUAUAUUUCUCAUUCCAAUUCUUAGCAAGAGAAUCUUGGGAUGCUGGCUACCUUGAAGCAUAUAUGGAUAUGUUAAUCGAAGGCCCUUUAAGUCCAACAAAUAUGAAGAAUCCUGAUGCAAUUAGAUACCAUAUCAUUGAUAUAUAUUUUGAGGAAUUAGAGAAAGUUCUAGAUGAUAUUCGAUCUAAAUUAGAGUCUUCAGAUGAUUUAGAUGUGCCUAUGGAAGAAAUUAAUAGACCAUUUUUAGUUUUAUCAAAAGAAGGUCAUUCUAAAUUGCUAAGAAAGAAAGCUAAAGAAGCACUUGAGGCACACGAAAAAGAAAUGGCUGCUAUGGCAGAGGAUUCAGGAGAUGAGGAUGAAGAAGAACAAUAGAUGUUAUGUAAAAUAGGCUUAUUAAUAAAUAAAAAGAGGAUGUAUAUGUAAUUAUAAAUGCAUGUAUGCGUAUUGUCUUGUGUUUCUGAGAAAAAAUAAAAAAAAAAAA